UAGUGUCGCACUACAGCUUUCUUAAUUUACUAGUGAUGGCUUGGUGUUUUAUUAUUCUACUUGUUGGAGUAUGUUAGAAAUUGUGGGUUAAAUAUGACAAGGGUUAAAUUUGAAUAAUAAGCACAUUAUGCGAGCUCAGUAUGUUACAAAAUUGCAACUCCAUUCCUUGAUAUGCAAAGCUAGCAAUAUCUAAGUAACUGCAGAAUUCUUCUCCUUCAUCGUCAAUUGACUCAAUUCACCAUUAGACUUACUGGAAAAUCGUAGAUGAUACACCAGUUUCCCUAAUCUGAUUUCUCUGGGUAAUUUCCUUUUUAUCUCCCCCCCUUUUAAUGGGCGCAAGGUAUCUCCCAAAAACGCUAACCAACUUGGUGUAUGCACGUAUUUUUCGUCGCCGUUUCUUUGGUUGGUGAACAUACUUUUGGUAAACCCGUUUUUAAAGCAGCCCCCGUUGGAUUAUGUCAAAUACCAGUUACAGCCGUUGGAUUAAAUCAAACCUGGAAUUCUUCAUAAACAGAAACACUACCUUCCGCUUCGACAUUGUUCUUCUUCCUGAACUCUCUCUCUCUUCUGCCCAGCUGAAAUUCAUUCACGCAUCUGAAUCUUCAGCUAGGUUUCAAGUAAUUUCAAAACACCAAUGAAGGAUAUGAAGAGUUAAAUCAAUUGUUCUUCUCUUCGCGGCUACGAUUAGGGUUUUCUCUUGAAGAUAAGAAGAAGAGCAGUUAAUGAGUGUUAUGGAUAGUGUUCGACAGCUAAAAGUUCAAAGAUAUGAGGAUUUUGUUGAUCGUUGCUUGAAGCCGGAUCUUGUGCGAGCUAUUGCUGAACGGGACAAAGUCUUCGAAUCGCAGAAGGUUUUUUCAGACUUACGGAAGAGUAUACAAACGUUGGAGAAAAAUGCAGCUACGAGCUUGCGUACGUUGGUCAAUCUUGGUUCCGAGGUGUACAUGCAAGCUGAUGUGCCGGACACUAGGCAUAUAUUCGUGGAUGUUGGUCUUGGAUUUCAUGUAGAGUUCACCUGGUCUGAGGCCCUGGAGUUCAUAUCAGUAAAGGAAGCAAGAUUAGCCAAGCAAAUAGAUGAAUACACACACCUAAUUGCAUCCAUAAAAGUGCAAAUUAAAAUGGUUUGUGAAGGUAUUCAGGAGUUGCUCCAACUUGCAGCAUCAUGAUCCAACUGACGUGUUAAAGGUUGAAGAUUUCAUUAGAAGAGAACACUGGUGCAGAAGAGUUCAUUAGAUACUAACAUGCGCAAUCAAAUACCUGCUUUCAACAACUUACUCUUUUACUCCUUAGUAGGUUUUUAUUAUAUACUGAUGCUGUAGGUUGUUAAAUGCAGUUUCACCAGAAAUAUAGAAACAAGAAACACAUAGUAAAACAUGUCUGUGCUGUGGGGGAAUAAUCCAAAAACUUGCAGCCUUUUGUUCUUUUAAACUAGUUGAUGCAUUUCUGUUGGGGUGUAUUUCAAUUUUAUUGCUCCAAGGUAGUGGCAAAAUGUGGUUAUCCAGGGGAUAGUUUUUGACGAGCUGUUUUGGAGCUUUUUACUUUGUGAUGGUAGAGAUGUCUCAAGUUAAAAAAUGGUUUGGGGAACAGAUGUCUCUCGCUAGGGAAUGACCGAUGGCAAUACUGAUUCUGCUACCUGUACCCCAUGUUUUUGUUUCUCUGUACAAAAAGAGAUUCUUCUUUACCUUCAUAUAUAUCUAUUAAGUCAUUGGUCUUUAA